GAAGCACAAGAAGGAGCCAAGCAGGAGGAGGAUGAAGAGGAGGUAGGAGAAGAAGAUGCUGUCUGCAGAAUAUGCAUGGUGGCGCUAGGUGAAGGGGGCAGUGUUCUGAAGCUGGAGUGCCAUUGCAAGGGCGAGCUCGCUAUGGCGCACCGGGACUGCGCCCUGAAAUGGUUCGGCAUCAAGGGCAACAACAACUGCGACGUCUGCGGCCACGACGUUCUCAACCUUCCCGUUACACUCCGCCGUGUUUGUGACGACGCCCCUCCGCCGCUGGUACUACCAUCUCUCGCUGCUGCCGCAACUCCUGGCAAUGACAAUGGCGGUUGCAGUGGGUUCAGGCGGCACGGCACGGCGAUCCUGGUGGUGGUGAGCAUGCUGGCUUACUUCUGCUUCCUGGAGCAGCUGCUGGUUGACGACCACGGCACCACCGCCCUCACCAGCUCCCUUCCCUUCGCGGGCGUCCUCGGCCUCUUCUCCUCCCUCAUCAUCACCAAGAUGGUCUCCAGGAGAUACGUCUGGAUCUACUCCGCCAUCCAGUUCCUCUUCAUCGUCCUCUUCACCCACCUCUUCUACAGGUACGUGCAGCUGCAGGCCGUCAUCGCCAUCAUCCUCUCCACCUUCCUGGGGUCCAGCGUCGCCAUCUGCGCCAACACUGUGCUCCAGAUCAUCAGGUGGAGGUCCAGGCGGUUGCCGCUGACGCAGAUUCACACCUCCAGGCUGCUCAGCCAUAGCAAUAGAUUUUGCUGCAUUCUCCACUCAAGCUCUCUGUUAUCAUUUCUUCUUCCCCUUGUUCUCUCAGAUUUUGUGUAUAUAGCUAGCUGUGGCCUGCCCUUGUUCUCCCAGAUUUUGUGUAUGAAGACAAAGUUUGAAAUACGAAAAAAGAAGGAUGUAAGCAAAGUAUUUCUUGCUUUUAUUCAUUCGAUUCUAAUGUUUGUAUUCUCAACAUACACUUCCAACUGCCCAAAGCUGACACCUACAUUGAGUGGUCCAAUGAUGUGA